AACUCAACAUAGGAACGAGCUAUAUCUGUUCAUCUCUCUCUCUCUUUCUCUCUUCGAUUCCACCUUAAUUUUCCUCCUCUUAUUGUUCGUUCAUGUUAAGAAGCUUUUGAUUUUAUCACAAGGGAAAGAAAGAGGUUUUAGUUGUUGAACCCUAAACCUAAAUAAUCUUUGAAUCCAUCAAUCAAUCUUAGCAUGGCGCAUAGAUUGCUGAGGGACCACGAAGCCGACGGUUGGGAACGCUCUGACUUCCCAAUCAUCUGCGAAUCAUGCCUUGGUGACAGUCCCUAUGUUCGAAUGACACGGGCUGAGUAUGACAAAGAGUGCAAGAUUUGUACAAGGCCAUUUACUGUUUUUAGAUGGAGACCCGGUCGAGAUGCAAGAUAUAAGAAAUCUGAGAUCUGUCAGACAUGUAGUAAGUUGAAAAAUGUUUGUCAAGUAUGCCUUCUGGAUCUUGAAUAUGGGCUUCCAGUUCAAGUGCGUGACACAGCUCUCAGUAUCAGUUCCAAUGAUGCCAUUCCCAAGAGUGAUGUUAAUAGGGAGUAUUUUGCUGAAGAACACGACCGCAAGGCUAGAGCUGGUAUAGAUUAUGAAUCCUCUUUUGGUAAAGCACGACCAAAUGAUACUAUCUUGAAGCUUCAGAGGACAACACCUUAUUACAAAAGAAAUCGGGCACAUAUUUGCAGUUUCUACAUAAGGGGUGAGUGUACUAGAGGAGCUGAGUGCCCUUACCGACAUGAGAUGCCAGUAACUGGGGAACUGUCGCAACAAAAUAUCAAAGAUCGUUAUUAUGGGGUGAAUGAUCCGGUGGCUAUGAAACUACUUGGCAAGGCAGGAGAGAUGGCCUCUCUGGAGGCUCCUGAGGAUGAGAGCAUUAAAACACUUUAUGUUGGUGGACUUGAUGCUAGGGUCACCGAGCAGGAUUUGCGGGAUCACUUCUAUGCCCAUGGAGAAAUUGAGUCCAUCAAAAUGGUUCUCCAACGAGCUUGUGCUUUUGUAACCUAUACAACCAGAGAAGGUGCAGAAAAGGCAGCAGAAGAACUCUCAAACAAACUGGUUAUUAAGGGCCUAAGGCUAAAGCUGAUGUGGGGCAGGCCUCAAUCAUCAAAACCCGAGUCUGAUGGCUCUGAUCAAGCAAGGCAGCAGGCCUCUGUGGCUCAUAGUGGGUUGUUGCCUCGAGCAGUUAUAUCACAACAGCAGAACCAGGAUCAAACCCAAGGAAUGCUUUACUAUAACAAUCCACCUCCUCANCAGGAAAGAAGCUAUUACCCAUCAAUGGAUCCUCAAAGAAUGGGUGCUCUUAUUCCAUCUCAAGAUGGUCCUCCUGGUGGGCCUUCUGGUUCAGGGGAGAACAAACCGAGUUCUGAGAAGCAGCAAAUGCCACAUUAUUCCCAUCCAAUGAUGCCACCUCCACAUGGCCAAUAUCAUCAUCAAUACUAUCCUCCAUACGGUUACAUGCCACCAGUUCCCCCUUAUCAACAGUACCCACCACCACCAUACAGUGCCGCAAUGCCUCAAUCCCAGCCACCACCUGCAAACCAUUCCUAUCAAUAUCCUAUGCAACCAGGGUCUUCACAAACAGGGUCUGGACAGGUUGGGUCUGCUCCGGCAGAAACCGGAACAUCAACAUCAGGGUCACAGCAGCAAUGAAAUUGUUCAUGUAUUAAUAUUUCUAGUUCUUUUUAAUGCUACGUUUAUCCUUGAAGUAACGAUGUUGAUAGGGAAUAUAUUUUUGCUUAAAGCCGUCAAAUUACUAUCUCAACCAGCUUUGAUACUGAUUUGACUAGCGGCUUGAACAAGUUAUUUUAUGAAUUUAUUCUGUGCUUUUGCAACUCUUGGUUCCUUGUUAAAUCAUUGUCAUGUUCAUGCUCA